ACUAUACGGAUACAAUUGUAACAGUUAUAUUGAGAUAUUAAUACAAUGUUUAAGUUAUACAAAAUGGCACUUAAUUAUAGAAUAAUGCAGAUAUGUAUAUGUUAUAUUUACACAUUCUUCUUAUAUACCUAUAAUAUUGUUGUAUAUAAUUAUAAGAAAAUAAGUACAAAUGAUUUCGUAGUGUCGUGUAUUCUAACCUAUAAUAUGUGAGGUCCGUGAUGCACUAUUCUCCUUAUAAGAAAUGUGUAAAUAACAGAUUUACAACGAAUUAUGUUUAAAAGUAGGAAAAUUUUUAAAAUGGUAUAGAAGAAUGUAUCCAGCAAAUCAUAAGACCAUUUUUGUUUUGGAUCAUACCCCCUAUUUUGGUAUAUCUACUGAAUCUCCAUUGGAAUUUGAUUUUCUAAAAAGUCGUGGACAAAAUUUGAUCCCUUUAGCGCCUGUUUGUAAAUCUUUGUGGACUACCAGUGUAGAAGCCUCAUUAGAAUAUUGCCGUAUAGUGUGGGAUCUCUUCCCAACUGGAAAAUUGUUAAGAUUUGUGGUAACCGAUCGAGCAGCUUAUGUAUUAAACUCAUGGAGCCCGUCACAGCAGAAUUUAAAUCACAUCAUGAAUGGUACUGCUAUCUUGGGAGUACCAACGAAAACCCCGGAGCCUGGAGAAGAUUAUUCUGUAAUACAUGGUUUAAGGGUAGCUAUAGAAACUCUUAACGAAUGUUCAGAAAUUCAGCAUGAGAAGAGAACAUCAUUAAAUGAGAAUGCUAGUAAACUCGUGAACAGGGGCAGAGUAAUAUGUAUUACCAGUGCAAGGGACAACAACAAUAUGAAAAGUUUAGAGAAUAUAUUCCUGAACGAGUUGGCUCAAGAAAAUAAAACUGCUUUAGCAUCAGAUCAUUUGAUACCUGUGGAUUAUUGCCAUCUAGUUAUAUUGAACAUAUUUCCUAACAAUAUAGAGUCACAAGUUACUAGCCAGGGACCUAGAGAGGUUUCACCACUAUUGACAGUGGAAGUACACUCGAUUAAGGCACCUGCUCUGCAUUCGAAACUAUCUCAUCUGAUCCUGUCUCACUAUGACUUGGCGAGUACAACGGUUACGGGUAUACCUAUGAAGGAAGAACAGAAUGCCAGUUCCUCUGCCAAUUACGACGUUGAGAUAUUUCAUUCGUCGGCAGCGCAUUCCGCGAUUCUGAAAGGAAAUCCGCAAGACUCGGCCCUGAUUAAAACAUUCAGGAGAUUCGAGGAAGGAUCGGAGUACGAAACUGUAACUCUGAAAUGGUGUACACCGCGAGGUUGUAGCGCAGCGGAGAUGCAAAACUGCACCGCUAUGCACAGAAUUACACCGGUGGAUGUAAAUAGUAGACCGUCGUCUUGCUUGAUCAAUUUUCUGCUAAAUGGUAGGUCCGUGAUGCUUGAAAUGGCUCGCAAGAGUGGAGGGAAAACUAUAUCUCAUUUACUCGCUGCACAUGGUGGAGAAAUCUUUAUACACACAUUGUCUACUGCUAGAAGUGUAUUAGAAGAUCCACCGUCUAUCAGCGAAGGUUGUGGUGGACGUGUAACCGACUAUAGAAUAACCGAUUUCGGAAAGCUUAUGAAGAAUAACGUAUUGGUGCCUUUGAAACGAAGUACAAAUAGCAACGGCGAAGGACCAGCAGAGAAAAUGCGGUCCAGAUUGGAGAGGCAUACAAAAUACUGGCCAAUCACUAUUUCCAGUACGCUUAUGUAUAACUUGAAACAGUUGAUAGACCCGUUGCCAGACCUAAUGGUGAAAGAGGAGCUUACCGCGGAGGAGGUGUUGCAAUGCAAACAAGUGAUUUUCAGCUUGUUACAAUUGGAAACGAAACACGAGGCACUGCCUUUGCCGAGCAUAGGCGGUGGACGUGGCGGGAAAGGUGGUGUACGCAGAGAAGAACAUUAUAGAUUAUUAUGGGGAGAACUGGAGACAUUUCUGAAGCAUCAUGCCAACAAUUCCGCCGCUCAUUCCGAAGUUCUGACUUGCCUCCUUGACGUACGGAGCAAGGACGACAAAGAUAAGGUCGAAUUGGAUCAGGCGUUGCGCGAAUUGGAUGGGUUUGGAAAAGAAGAUGGGACCGCUCGAGCCAGCGUGAUAAGAGCAACCACCGAUUCGCCGAUGUCACCGCCACCUAGUACCUCGAUGUCCUUGGGAAAGCAACUGCACAAGGGCGGCUUCUACGCCCCGAAAAGUCUACUGGAUAUUUGGUUGCAGCGAAGUGCACCCAAAGAGAAGAAACCAGACUUCCACGGCAGAGUGAACAGCGACGGUCACAAGGCAAAGUUGUAUCCCAACUUGAAGGAGCCUGGUCGAGAACCUCGGGAGCCUAUUAUAGAAGGUUGAACAUCGUCUGCCGGAUACGUAUUGUCCGACAUCAAGAUCUAAUGUACCAGAAAGCCUGUGAUCUCCGCUUUCAGAGGAUCGGAGAAAAAUAAUAAUUUUUUUAUUUACGUUUUCCUACUAA